AUCAUGUCAAAACUGAAUGACUAUUCACAGUUGUUUAUCCGUAUGAUUAGGGUUGGUUAGGCUAUUGUCAAAUAAUACUCGGAAUGAGUACGCAUAUUAUAAGCAACAGUUGGGUUAGUUUUUCGAUUAGGAAUGAAAAUGUAUAUUAAAGACCCUUUCGGUUUCGUUUAGAUUCGGAAAUAUAUUUCCUUGACCCGUCAGAGCGAAGUCAAGCUGUAUUUUCGCUUUCAAAUUGUAUUAAGAUACAGUACAUUCUUAUAUUUGAUUUAAUCAUUAUGGCACUUUUCGACGUAAGUGGUUAUAAAUCGCACGCGGGACUUCGUGGGCAGAUUCUUGGAACAGGAGUAGGGCAUCUUGUUGACCGACCGAAUCAGGAAUUUGCUGUCCCAGUUGGAGUGGAUCCUUCGGGGUUCCUGAAGUCAUGCAGCCGUGAAGGUGGUGUGUCCAUUGAUCUGAAUCACGGAACAACUACACUGGCUUUCAAAUUUCGCCAUGGCGUCAUUGUGGCUGUGGACUCCAGGGCCUCAGCUGGCAGCUACAUUGCGUCGAAGGAGGCUAACAAGGUGAUAGAGAUCAACCCUUACCUGCUGGGGACCAUGUCUGGUAGUGCUGCUGACUGCCAGUACUGGGAGAGACUGCUGGCUAAGGAGUGCAGGCUGUACAAACUGAGGAACAAGCAGAGGAUCUCAGUAUCUGCAGCCUCCAAGCUGCUGUGUAACAUGAUGCUGGGAUACAGAGGCAUGGGCCUCUCCAUGGGCAGCAUGAUCAUUGGCUGGGACAACAAGGGCCCUGGUUUGUACUACGUGGAUGAUAACGCCACACGUCUCUCUGGUCGUAUGUUCUCUACUGGUUGUGGUAGCAGCUAUGCGUACGGAGUAAUGGACAGCGGCUACCGCGAGGACAUGACGGUAGAGGAGGCGUACGAGCUGGGCCGCCGUGGCAUCACCCACGCCACGCACAGAGACGCCUACUCUGGAGGAGUGGUCAACCUGUACCACAUGCAGGAGGACGGCUGGAUAAAGGUGUGUAAGGAGGACGUAUCCGAACUGAUCCACCGCUAUAGGAAGGGCAUGUUCUGAUCCCAGAUCAGUUUCUACACCCACACAGACACAAUGUGUUCUCUAUCAACUGAUCCCAGCACUGCUCCAAAUAAAGAUCGUUUUCAAACGGCA